AUUCUAUAUAUGAACAUUCAGAGGCACCAGCGCAGAACCUGGGUUCUUUUACUAGAUUAUAGGGCAGGGGGGAGGGAGGUUAAAGUGUCAAUCGCUGAGGAGCAUCCUUUUGUCCGCUCCGCUCUGUGGUAAGCUCUGCUGUUUUCUCAUUAGCAUGACACUGAAACAAGCGCAGAUUUGUCAGCCAUUUGCUGCCAUGCAACUCCCAUUUGCAACGGUCAUCAGGGGUGCCUCACGUCAGCUGAAAGCUCUAUUGAAACAGACAAAUGUUUGCCAUGGUUGGGAUUUUCCCAUUUGGGGUUUCACAAAAGAAGGAAAACAGAUGCUGCUCCUUGAGGGGAGGGGAAAAGGGGGGGGCAUAGCAGUUUGGUUCCUUAUUUUCUGAUUCCCAUGAACCUCUUAGCUGCCCUGGCUUCAAAAUAAACUUUCUCUGCCGAGUGUAACAAUUUAUGUUUGCAAGUUUUCCUUAUUCAUAACAUUGACAAACAGUGCAAGCCUAGCCACGUCUGUGCAGAAGUAAGCCCUGUUGAAUUCAAUGGGGCUUACUCUCAGGGUAAGUGGGGUUAGGAUUGCAGUUUAAAAGUGUGUCUGAAGUUGCAGACUGUAAGCACACUAAACUGAUAGCAUUGCUCAGGAAACUGUGGAACAACCAGCCUCAUAUAACCAACAUGUUUAAGUCUAGUUAAGACAUGAAGGGGUUAAUACAAUAGAGUAAACUGUCCUGCCAGGCUUAGCUUACCUUGGGAUGAAAUGAGUAAUCAAGCCUAUUGUUCCCCUUCAGUCUACCUGAGAAGCUGAGUGUGUGAAGAGGUUUUGAGCUAGCUAGCAUGUCUCUCACAAGCCACUUUUGAGUUCCUCUACCGAUAAUUUAGCAACUUUCACCACUUGGUAACUAAACCAAGUUUUACUGUGCAACCUUUGGAGAAUUUGUAAGUAAACCACUUUUUAAUUUACCAAAUGUAUGGUCUUUUUCUUAUGCUGGGGGAAGAGGGAAACGUUUGGAACUUCACUGUGUUUGGUGCCUGCUAAAAACUUUUUUGUGUAGGCAAGCCUACCCAGACAUGAAAUUCAGCAUGUAUUUUAAAAUGCCAUUUUAAUUUAUUUAGUUUUUAAUUGCUGGUUUUAUUUUAUUAUUCUUUUGCUAAGUUUUCAUUAAAAUUUGUAAAUUUUGUAAAUUGUAACAGCUCAGUUCCGGGAUUCAAAAUGUAUUCCUGCACUCAGAACUGAUUAAUUCUCAAUUAAUUCUGAAAGUAUGUUUUUGACACCUGACUCCAGUUGGCAGACUGCGAAGUUCUAGUAACAAAGAAAGUAAACCUUGCAAGCCCAAAAUCUGCUUUAAAGUAUGGUUUAACAUUGUGUGCGAACCUGGCCACAGUAACAGGAACAGACUAUUUGUUGUUGCAGAAGAUGUUUAUGCAUAAAUAAUUCAGCACAAGAUAUGGCCAUAUGUACUGUUUUACAGGGAAAGUUCUCAGUGAAAAGGGUUCCCUAGACCAGAUCCAGUUAUUAGAGUUGUUAAAGUCUAAGAAUGGGAAGCAGUUGGUUUGAAGCUGUCUGUCGACAACUGGCAGCUGUACAGCAGACUGAGCAGUAAGGCAGGUCUGUUAUUAUGGGACUCAGCUAUACAGCUCCAAUUAAAACGUUUUAAGUGUGUUUUAAAUGCAAUAUACAAUGUUACACUAGAUGGCGAUGGUGAGCCUUAUGGAAAAUUCAAUGUAUUUUUUAAAAUGCCUCAGCAUUGCUGAAAGCCCAACUCCAUCAGGCAUCUCCUGCCCCCUCAGCUGUGCCAGAUGGUGCCUGAGUUUAAUCCCCCCCUUCCCUCCGUUUCUGUUCUUGUGUGCACGGGGACUUUUUAGAUGGUAAGCCACUCUGGGAGCCUUUUGAGGCUGAAGAGUAUGGUACAAAUGCUCUCAAUAAAUAAAUAUUAUUGCUAAAUUUGCAUCUGGACAUAGAAAUUAUCAUACAAAGGUUCUAUGCACAUCUUUGUCCUCAGCUGGUCCUCUUUGGGGGGGGUAAUUAAAUUCCCACUUUUUCAGCAAGGCAUAACUUUAAUAAGAUGUCCCUGAAUUAAAGACCUGUCAAUGCAUUUUAUGCAUUCAAGACUUCUGGAAACCAGUUUGCAAGGAGUUUGUGAACAUUCUACAUUGCUAAGCAAUUUCAUGCUUUCUAAGCGGAUUUGAUAGCUUUUGGAGGGGCAUAAUUUUCCGGUAUUUUUGUUUGUGGAAAUAUUGAUGGCAGUGGAAAAAUAAGAUUAGUGGUAUGCCUUCAGUUCACUCUGUUUCAUUCUUUAUAUUUUUGAGCUCCCACCCCCACCUCAUAAUUCAGCGGUGUGGAUUCUCUGGCCCACAUGCCAAAUUCGGCUGGACAGGAGUCCUAAUUUAGACCACCACGAGACUGUUUUCCCCAAGCCAUUUCCAUUUUAUAUCCCACCAGGUAAUGUAGGUAAAGACACAGUUGUCAAGGAAGAACUGGUCACCUUAAAAUGCACUCUUAGUUGUUCCUCGGCAAGCAGGGCUCAUAUUCAGUGCCUAUUAAAGUUGGCGUCCAAUAUAAGACCUGCUGGGCUUGAUCCCAAGUAGAGCCAAUCCCUGCUGAAAAUGGGGCUUGACGUCAGCAGCUGAUUGGUGGUGACUUCAAGGCCUGCUGGGAUUUGACUGGCCUGGAGUUUCUGGUUGGGUCAUCAGUGACCGGCUGAUCAGUCGUGAUACCAAGCACUGCUUGGAUCAGCUUGAAUCUUCCUUUGCAAUGAGCUUGAAGUCAAGAUACACUGCAGAGGUAAAACAGGUCACCUGAUGCAUGUUUUAACUGGUCACAUUUAUUUUUUCCCAUGUUCGAAGCUAUAGAUUCUAAAUUGCUAAUAAUGUCACACACUAACAGCAAUGUGUGACUUAUCUGUGAGUUGAGAAGAAACGGCUUCAGUGCUGGCAACUAAGCCUGGUGAUUGGCUGCCAACUCCCUCCUAACUCCUUCGGUUGUGAGCUGCCCUGUCAGAUGGAGAGAGAAAGGUGCUAAAAUGUGUGACUAAGAACUGCUCGUCCCACCUCACCUCAAGCUUCCUGUUCCAUUUUCCCUUGUUGCAUGCCACAUCUAGAGCCGUCACUGUAGAGCUGGGUAAGGAACCUUUUUCUGCCAGAGGCCCGCAUUCCAUCCCAGGUGAACUCUCAAGGGCCACAUGCCAGGGGUAAGCAGGGCCAGAGGCGAAAGUGUGCAGAGCAACAAGCGUAAAUUUUACCUUUGUAUAGUAGGCUAGUUCCUACACAGACACUCCUCUCUACAGUCCACCCAGACAAGCCAAAGGCAUUAUCAGAGUUCAAGGACACAUGCCAGCCCAGCAGAAACACACACAAAAGUUGUGAAGCAGAGCCAAGGAGAGACAUGGCCUGUGGUGAGUUCCAAGGGCCUGCUGGAGAGCGCUGAAGGGCUCCAUUUGACCCCUGGCCUGAGAUUUCCCACCCCUGCUGUAGACACUAGUGACUAGAGCCUUCUUUAAGUUUUAUCAUGAUAGUCAAUCAUGAUAAAACUUAAAGAAGGGAACAGGGAACAGGGAAGGUGGAAUAAUUUAGAGUGGUUUCCACUGCAGUGAAAACAGUCUGAAAAUGAGUUACGCCAGGCUCUCCAUUUAUAAUAUGAUCCUGAGGGGGUUUUGUUUGGCAACCCCACAAAAUGCAGUGUCAAUCCCUCCUUAGUAAAUGUGCUUAAGGACUGCAGCCUUGGUUCCUCUUGGCCUGCCAGGAUCUGCUCCCAUGAGGCAUGAAACCCGUUUUGGCAGCACCUGCUGUUUCACAGAGAGCGUGAACUCACUCCGCCAGCUGUAAUAAACCCCAUUGUUCCUUCCAAAGGCAGCUUCCCCACUAGUGACUAUUUUUCCUCCUCCACCUGGCGCUGCCUGCCUGCCACCAUUUCUUGUUGAGGGGGUAUUGCAGCUGGUCUCCUGGCUUUGUGGAGUUGUGUGGUGUUUUGUGAGGCUGCAUAAGGGCCAAGGCUUAAUUUAACUCUCCCUUUUUAACCUGGGAUGUUGGCUGCUCCAGAGAAGGGUUAGUCAUGUAUAACCCUAGGUAUCCAAAUCUGUGAUGCUUCCCUCUGAAGAUGGUGCUGGCCUUGUGGAGGAAAAGCAGCAUUCUGGGAAAUGCAUGUACUUAACCAUUUCGUCCAUUGCUUUUUUAAUGGAUAUUUCAUUUGAUUCCCCCCCCCCCCGCCAAGUACAAUACGUAUGCGAGUGUCAGCAAACUUAAUAGAAGUAUCUGAGGCACAAAUGUGCAUAACUAAUAGAUAACUUUCUGCUUUUUGACCCUCCUCCCUCAAUUUUUCUCCCCUUAUGCUCUAUCCAACUCCAUUGUAAAGGCUCAGACCCUGACCUACUUGCCUUGAUUUGGAACUUUUUAAAAAGACGUGGUUUAUUAAUUUGAGGUCAGAUUUGACAUCUUAAGAGUUGAGCACGCAGUGAAAGAAAGGUCUCCAAGAAGGAUUCUUGUGCCUAAAACUGCCGAAUGCCCUUUAAAAGGCCUCGAGCCAGCCUACACAACACCACUUCUUUUUCUUCACACAUCCCACCUGAUUCCUGUCGUAAGGUGGAACGUUCACCUGUGAGGCACUUCAUCUGUUCCAUUGCCUUUCCGUCUGUGACAAUACUGGGGGGUAUUUUUAUUCAAGAAGGAAAAAACAAAACACCCAAACACACAGCCAGACUGCAGCUGCCCUAAAAGGAAAGAGGAAGCCAAGGGGACUGGCGAGCAUCUGCCGGGGAGUUCUGACUUCUGCCUUUGAGCCGUGAUGCUCCUUCCUGUGCCUCUUACGUUUGUGACUUUCCACCUGCCCCCCUUUCCACCACAACUCAUUUUGCAUGCAGCACACGUGGUACGGAAGGGCUCUGUGUGUGUCUCUGCAUCUCUCUCUGGCAAAUUAGUCUGAGGAGGAGGAGAGCGUCAUGCUGGUUCCCUUUCUGUCUGCAGUUCACUCGAGUUGAAAGAACUCUGUCCAGAUACCAUUCUCUGGUGAGCCUAGAAGAUGAAUGUCUGUUAAAAGUUCACUGUAAGUAGCUCGCUGGGAUUUUUGUUAAGAGAAAUGUUUAGGGCAAGGCACCCACUGCCCAACUUAACUGUACCUCUUAACUGUACAGCUGAUGGGGGCUUUUUGAUGUUUAGCAUUGCACAUGAAACUUAGCACCAAUAUCAAGCAGGUUAGGGGUGUUCUUACAUUGACAGGUGUAAUCCAUCUGGUUACAACUGUCUGCAUCCACAUAGCUUACUACUAUAGAUUAUCUUUUCACAUUGCCACAUAUUUUACAGCAUGCUGUACAUAGUGCUUGAAUGGAGUGGAAUCAAGAGUUGUUUUCACUAGUGUAAUGAUGCUUUUAUGUCAGGUUGUCGAGAGAAUAUUUGUAUGUGGGAGCACCUUUUAGUUCACAACUGAUGCUUGAGACUAAUCAAAGCCUUUUCAGAGGAUUGAAGGCAGUUUGAGAGAGAGCUUACCACUUGUGGUGUGCACACUCAGUCCACUUUUCACUUGGGUAAAAUAGACUUUGCGGAUUUUGUACUGUGUCAAACACUCUCAGAAACCAGAGGUGACAAGGAGAGAAAACUAAUGUGUGUGCAUGUCACAGGAAGAGAAGCCUCUCUCUCAAAUCACUUUCAGCUCACUGUUGUUGUUUGUAUUGAGUUUGAGUUUGCAGAAGAGGGGAAUAAAAUAUUGUUAAUAUUUGCCUCCUCAUUCUAAACAGGCAAACAAAAGGACUCAAAGGAGCAAACAUUGUUAAAGCUUCCUUAACCAAAAUCCUGAUGAAGGUGCUAAGCAGCUGCAAUACAGUGAGUCUUUAUUGCCCCUUCAACUAAUCUACUCUCUGAAGAUGUUAUUACGCAUAACUGAAUGGGAUUUUCACGAUAUCCUGCCUUUGUUUUGAUUUGCAGCCCAAAACCAUAAAUGCGAGUGAUAUGGAGACUUUGAUUGCAUGCCAGUCAGAGGUAAACACCAGCUUCAAAUUCUUUGCUGAGUCUUUACGUUACAGGCUACAAUCCUAAGCAUGCUUCGUAGGAAAUAUGCCCCAUUGAACUUAGUGGGACUUCUGAGCAAAGCUGCUCAGGAUUGUACUACACAGCUCUGCCACUAUGAAAUCGCAGUCAGUCAAGGUUUUGCUAUGCUUAAUUGAAGUCAGAACAGAAACACUGCUAUUGUUGCUAUUGCCAUUACUGUUGUCUUUUGAGAUACCCAGAGUUGCCAUGUAGCCCUUAGCUUGUGCCUUCAUGCUUAUUGCAUUAAAAUCGUGUUUGUCGAAAUUCAGUCAUGAGCCUUGAGUGCAGUCCACAGUCUGGUAACUUGCAAGCAGCUCUAUGUGGUCCGUUCUAGAGUCUGUUCUAGAGUGAAUUAGGAUGACAUGCUUAACUGAUAUGGAUGUACAUCCCACUGAAAUGAAAAAUAGCUCUUUUCAGAUGCUCUCGCCUGCUCUCCCAAUUACAGUUGUGUGAAGGGAGGAGCAGGGGCCCCAUUCACACAUUGGGUGUGAGGUCUGAGGCAAAGUUCCCGCCGUACGAUUGUGGGCUCACAAUAUGAAUUAGAACUCUGAUCACUACCAAGCCAAGUUCACGGUGCUUGUUUUUAUAUAUACAGCCUGAUAUGGCUAGGGACCAAGAUAUUUGAUGAAAUGCCUUAUCUCAUAUCUACAUUGCCUGGGCAUGAAGGUCAGGUGGGAAUGCCUUCCUGUUCCUGAUGGUGCCACGUCUGCCACAAAUCUGGUAUGUGGUUACUUGACAAAAGGCAUUCUCCACACACUCUGGAAACCCCUUUCGCUCUCAGAUAAGAUCAGUGGCGGCACUUCACAGCUUUCAAUAAAAAUUUCACCCAGGCUUGAUUUUUUGCUUUUGCUUGAUUUUUGUUUCCAUGGUUUUUUGCAUUUUGUCAUUAAAAUUUGUUCUUGUUCUAUGGGCUGAUGAUGCUUUUAUAGAUGGAUUAUUUAAUGGCUUGGGUUGGUGUAUUUUUAAUGCAAGUAUAUUGUAAACAAGUUUGAGUCUGUUGCUUGAUUCUGUUGCACAUCUUUUGAGGGGGGUACACCAGCUGCUAAGUUUUGAAAAUAAAAUAAAUACAUUUGUACAGCAGGUUCCCUGCUUCAGACCUUGUCCCUGUAAUGUCUGACUGGAAGGGUACAGGGCCAGCAAAGACCAGGCAGCAGCCACCAGGGCCCUGUUCUCCCAUUCCCACCCCCCAUGUAGUUGUAGUUGUAGGAGGAAAAAGACCUGAAAAGGACAUGAGACUUUGCUAAAGUAAAGAUGUUUUGAAUUGAGCUGUAAAGCUGAAGCCUGUAUGACCAUAAUACUGAAGCCUAAACAUAUUUCACUUUAAAGCCCCAUCAAUUUCAAUGAGACACUGUCCUAUGAUGUGCAGUUAGAGCCUUACUUGGGUCUAUGGCUAUGAUCCAAAGACCUGCUUAGGUUCACAGAAGAAGCUUGCACUACUCCCUCUGGGAUUGUUGACUUUUUCUGUGAGCCAAUAACCCCCAUGCCAAAUUGCAAGCUGUUUUCGAAACUCAGUUGCUCAGUUACAAAAGCUGAGGGGGGGUGAUAGGGAAGAAAGGUAUCUGAGAAAGCAACUUGUGCCCAACUCAUCCCAUAGUUCACUCUAUUAUUGUUUUCUAUAAAAAUUGAUAAGAGCUACACCAGGGAACCUAGCAUCCUGUGAUUGCACAUGCCAGUCCCUGUAACUUCCAGCCCUACUGUUGCCAAUAUGGACUGUUUGCUUAUCCCCUCCCAAGUGCCAGGCAGAAGUUGUGAGACAAAUUGAAGGAAGUUUGCUUUCCAUUUGGGGGAAGAGACAUUGCACAGACAUAUUAUGGCAGUGAGCUACGUGGAUAUGCUAACUAAAUAAACCAUUGAAGUGACUUUCUUUCUUACUGAUUAUUGUUUAUUCCAGGCUGACAUCAAGAAAUGCCACUUGUUCAUGCCAUGUGAUACUGAAGACGGACUGUGUCAUCUGACUGGUGCGUUUUAACAGGGAAAUGGUGCCCUUUGAUAAGCAUGGAAAUGAGUCAUUCUGCCAUGCCAUAACUAUGCUCCUUAAUUUUACUAUACAAGUGCAAUCAAGUGCUGAAACAUUUCCUUUGCUCCACUGUGCAGUAGCAGCAGAUAGUAGGAUUUGUCUUUUCAGAGGUUAUAUUUUGUUUCUUCCUGCUGGGGCCAUUCUGUGCAAUGGAACAGCAGCAGCCUGGCACGCCCCCACGUUUAAGACUGGGAUUACAAUCAGCAUCAGCUUUCUAAAUUGCCCCCUGGUGGCAGCCCUGCAUAGAACUGAGGUUUCUAAUAGUAGGCAACGAGUUUGGCUGGAAGACCAUUGUAAAGCCAAAGCAAAGGGGCUACAGACUAAGUCUUCCACCUUAGUUAUGCUGCAUCUGCACUGUACAUUUGAAGCACUGUUAUACCACUUUCAGGAUACUGAGAGUUGCUAGGAGGCCUCUGUUCCCCUCAUGAAGCUCUAUGAGCCGAUGCCCUCUUUCUCCUUGUCUGUUCGUUUUACAUUUUAGGCUGCACAUCAUAUACUCACUUAGCUGGGAGUCAGGCCCAUUGAAUCUAAUGGUGCUCACCUCUGAACAGGCACACAUAGGAUUGCACCAUUAAUCGCCUAUACUUCAUGGCUUCUCUUUCUUCCAUGGGCGUUUUACGUCUCUUUAUACAAUUUAGCAGUAAUAUGUCAUUCACCCAUGUAUCUAAUGUUACUCAUUUUUCUUGUUCCUUUUUCUUCUCUCCAACAGAUAGUAAUAAGAAGAGAAAGAAAGUAAUAUCUUGGCCAUUUAUGCUGAGAAGAACCACCACUGGAUCAGAGACUCUGGGGAAUCUGGAAUCUGACCUGAAACAUCCUCUGUUUGAUCAGCCAUUGUCGAUUGUCUGCAGUGAAGAUGAUAUGCUGCCCAAGCCAAUACAGGUAAGCAAAGCGUAUACAUAUUCCAGGUAAACAGUUGUGUUACAAUGACUUUGUUGGGUUCUCUGCAGCUGUUCCUAAUGAGAUGACAAGCAGCCUUUCUUUUGUUCUUGUUCUUUUGCGUACAUAGGAUAUCCUUACAAUGCUCUUCUUGGAAGGGCCUUUAACAGAAGGAAUAUUCCGGAAAGCUGCCAACGAAAAGGCCCGCAAGGAGCUGAAAGAAGAGUUAAACUUUGGAGGGAAAGUUGAUUUUGAAGAUAAACCUGUUCAUCUGUUAGCAGUGGUUUUAAAGGUAUAUUUGCUUGGUUUCUUGCUGUAACAAUUUGUUUCAUUACCCCAACUCUUGGAAAAGGCACCAAUACUUACAGUUACACUAUAGCAAAACAUGUUUCCUCCUUGUUAAAAUGAGGCUCAUUAUCUUUCAGGACUUCCUUCGAAACAUUCCCCAUAAACUGCUGCUCUCUGAGCUUUAUGAUGAGUGGAUGAUGGCACUGGAGAAGAUGACCCACCACAAAAGGACUGAAGCAAUGAAAGAGUAAGCUGAUCCUCCUUCAGAAAGUCUCUUAUUGCUGUGCCUUGCAAUGCAGUGGGAUCCUGAUCCUAAACAGCUUUUAUCUCAGCUCCUACAGCUUUUAUCUCAGCUCAUAUUUAUUCUGGUAAUGGUUUAAGGAAUCUGGUAAUGGUUUAAGGAAUCAUUUAGGUGGCUGUUAAGAUCACCUCAAUGAUUCCUCAUGAUUCUUAUUGAAAGUACACCUGAACAUGCUUAUUUGUGAAACUGGUCGAUAUCAAUGGUAAUCAUGCUUAGGAAUGCAGUCUAAGAGUGACUCUAAGUAUGUUUGCUCAGAAAUAAGUCUCUCUGAAGCUGGGCUUAUUCUCCAAUAAGUAUGGGUCAGAUUGCAUCCUAAGGCUUGUAAUCAUAUAAACUUAGUGGGAACUUACUUAAGAAUAAACCUAUAUAUGGUGAAACUACAAUUUGUGCAGUCAACAACAAGGGAAGGUUUGAGGGUUUUCUCUCCCAAACCGUGACCUUGCUUUCAAUAAUUUUUCUUCUCUAGUUCAAAAGGGUGUGAAAGUGGUCCUAUGAGUGCAAAUGUGGUAGAAAGUUAUGUAUUCCCACUGCCAAGGCAAUUGGUAUGUCAAGACAGAAAAUGUUAAUUCAGUUGCCUAGGUCAGUGGUUGUUCAACCAGUGUGCCAUGCAACCCUGGGGUGCCUUGAAUGAUGGCCAGUGGUGCAGCGGGAAACACUGGCCUCUGUCCCUCUUUCCAUCCCUCCUUCCUCUGAUGCCCUCUCACAUCUCUGCCUCCCAAGGGCUUGCACAGCUGUUUGUUGCAACAGCUCUGGCUACAAGCUCCACAGGCAAUUGGUGCUUCUGGGGCUGGCCAGGGGGUGCUUCCCAGGCCCCUGUGGGGCAGUGUGAGGAGGUGCCUCUCUUUGGGGUGGGGGGGGCAGCUCAAAGACCGGGGGUGGCAGCUGCGGUUGCCCAGACGACUCCCAAGGAGAGAGGAGAGGAAGCUGAGGGAACACUCCACAAGGGAGGGUAUUUGAAAUAGGGUGUGAGGCUGCCAGCUCUGCAGGCAAGAGGUGACAUAACUGGGCUCUUGAGCCCCACAGGAAUGCUGCAGAAAAAAAUGUAGUCGGUCAAGGGAGCCAACUCAAAAAGUUUGAAAACCUCUGGCCUAGGCAAUGGGGUUGUAUUUACUCUUUCCUACAAUUUCCUACAGUUCAGGGACGCAGGUGGCGCUGUGGGUAAAACCUCAGCACCUAGGACUUGCCGAUCGCAUGGUCGGCGGUUCGCAUCCCCGCAGCGGGGUGCGCUCCCAUCAUUCGGUCCCAGCGCCUGCCAACCUAGCAGUUCGAAAGCACCUCCGGGUGCAAGUAGAUAAAUAGGGACCGCUUACCAGCGGGAAGGUAAAUGGCGUUCCGUGUGCUGCGCUGGCUCGCCAGAUGCAGCUUGUCACGCUGGCCACGUGACCCGGAUGUGUCUGCGGACAGCGCUGGCCCCCAGCCUCUUAAGUGAGAUGGACGCACAACCCUAGAGUCUGGCAAGACUGGCCCGAACGGGCAGGGGUACCUUUACCUUUACCUUUACAAUUCAGAAUGAGGACUUUGUUUGCCUCAUGAAGUUAUCAGCCAAAUCUGAAUGGCUACAUGGCAUCAUGAAGGUAUCAUCAUGUCACAGUGAUCACAUCACCAGAUCUGAAUGAUAAUGUGAAACAUGUCAUCUCUAUGUGAUCCCUAUGAUCUCAAUGUGAUCCCUGAAUGGCAAGGAUGAAGCAGUGAAGAAGCCCUUCACCGACUGCAGCUUGAUGCAGGACGGAGGCGAAAGAGUGAAAUGUACAGUAUUUUUCAUAAAUGUUUUUGCACACUUUGAAAUAGCAACUAUCGCAGCAAAAACAAAGCUCACACUAAUUUGGAACAUCGUAAAUUGUAGUCCUAAGUGUAUUUACUUUCGAGCAAGCUCCACUGAAUUCAGUAGGAUUUACUGCUGAGUAAGCAUGAUUAGGAUCCGGUUAUAACAAGUACUGAAAGCUUACAAUCCAGUUACCAUUUUACUAAAAUAAACAGUGAGUGAGUAAUGGUAUGCCACAAACAAAUACAUUCAAAUACUGAGAACUUUUAAGCCACAUUGAAGUCAGUAGGAGUAAAAUGUGCUCAACCCUGGAUGAACUGUGACCAUAUUUUCAGUCACCUUUCAAUCCUGUAGGGAAAAUAGCCAACCCUCUGUGAUAGCUAAGAACUGACUUACAUGGAAUAAAUGUCAAUCUUUCUUUCUUUCUUUCUUUCUUUCUUUCUUUCUUUCUUUCUUUCUUUAUGUAUUUAUUUAUUUAUUUAUUUUAAAAAUGUGCAUACCAUGCUUAUUAUUGUUACAAAUAUCAAAUCAGGUGCUUUUUUAACUCCAUAGUUUUAAAUCGGAAUUACACUGUUUGGGGCCUGGUCAGGAGUUUGUGGUUAGCCAGUUUCGACCAUACAAAGCUGCAGUCUGGGGACUUUUGAAUGGGAAUUUUGAGAGACCACUUUAAGUGAGCAUUUCCACAUUUGAGCGGAAGUAUCACUCAUACUGGUGAAUCUGAUGGUUUUAAAAAAGCAGAAGUUUCUGAGGAUGACUUUUUCCUCUCAUAUGUUCAUUUCUUUAGGGUUGCAAGCAAACUCCCAAGACCCAACCUUCUUCUGCUCAAGCAUUUGCUCUGCGUGCUUCACCACAUCAGCAAAAGCUCAGAGAUCAACAAAAUGGAUUCCAGCAACCUUGCCAUCUGUGUUGGGCCAAACAUGCUGACUCCAGUUCGUGACCAAAGCCUUCCACUUGAAGCCCAGAAAAAGCUAACAGAUAAGGUUGGCUUACUUUUGCUUCCUGUUCCCGUCAUGUUCACUUUUCAUCUUUUGCUAUUUAUUUUCCAAAAUAAAGGCCAUUGCUAUGACACACAUUGAAACACAGGAAGCUGACUUAUGGCGAAUCGGACCAAUAGUCCAGCUAUUUCCCCAUUGUCUACCCUAGCUUCAUGCAGCGUAUAGUUAAACUAUGGAGCUCACUCCUCAGAGUAAUAACAAUGAUCUUAUUAUUUAUACCCUGCCACCUGAUUCCAGGCUUCUCUCAGGCAUCUCCAGCAGGCUUCAGUGGUGAUGGGCAAAGGCCCUGGGCCAAAACAGGUGGGGAAAGCAAGGCAGGUUAGCCAUGCAUUUCCUUUCCAUCCCAUCUGCAGGACUACACCAUAUAUGUCCUGCAAAUUUCCCUUCCAGAAUUCUUAAAUGUGAAGAACUAUACAAAUAACUGUUGGUUGAGACGAAUGCCUGAUUAACAAAUAUCCUUCUUUGAUUUGCACAGGUGAAGACACUGGUGGAAUUUCUGAUUGAUAACUGCUUUGAUAUAUUUGGGGAGGAAAUCUCUUCACUGUUCAACAUCUCUCCUGAUGAUUCCCUGGACAGGCCAGGUACUAAUAAUAUUCUAUAUCUGCAUCCGGCUUCUUUAACGAUUUGGCUAAUCACGAUUCAGAGAAAUGUUUUCUCUUGAAUGUGCCAGGAUUUCGUUGAAAGUGCCACACCGAUAGCUUGAUAUAAUUGUUCAUUGUUGGUUUAUUUAGACGUGUUCUAAACUGCUGAGGAAGUGGUUAGUGAUAGCCAACAAACCACAAUGCUGGAUCCUGUCCAACUGUUAAGCAGAUGUAUCUCAAAAGGAACAUAGGAAGCUGCCUUUUGCUUAGUCAGACCAGUGGUCCAUUGAGCUCGGUGACAGUGGUUCUUCAGGGUUCUGUCAGGGGUCUCUUCCAGCCCUUACCUGGGGGUUGAGUCUGGGGCCCCUUGUGCAUGCAAACCAAAUGCUCUCCCACUGAGCUCGGGUUCUUCCUCUGACAGUCUCAUAUGUGAGUCUAAUCCUAUUAACCUACCACUAAAGUGGCUCUCCUACAGGAGUAGGCAAAAAGACCUCAUUAAGCCCCGUGAAACUUCAACUAGAGGUACAGCCUUGAGUGGUGCUUUGCAGGAUCAAUGGACAUAUGAAAGAACCCUGGGUAAAUGUGGAAUGUCAAUGUCUUUGGUUCUCACUUCCUUUUUACGCAGUUUGAGAAGGAUCAAAAUGAGGUAUCUGCUUCACCCGCAGAAGAUCCCAGGCUCAGUUCCCAGUAUCUCCAGGUCGCACUGGGGAUGUUCCCUGUCUAGAACCCUGGAAAGUUGCUGCCUCUCAGUGUUGAUGACAUUGAGAUAGCUGGGCCAGCAUUCUGACUCUGUAUGAGCCAGUUUCCUGUGUCCCUAUGGCAUCUCAGGAUGGCUGUAUGUUGACCUAAUAGCAGGUAGUUGUGUUUUACCUCAGAAACGUCAAUAGAAUUUCUCUGGCAUUUAGAAUGUGAGAAACCAGGAUGAAGCACCUCUCAUUUCUGAAGAUAAAAAAAUUUACUGUAUAUGUUUAUAUAGUAUUUUUAAUCAUCGGAGAUAUUAGAGGAUGGAGGAGAGAAAAACCAUGUGUAUUUUGGUAAAAACAUGAAAAAUAAAAGUCACCAGUUCCCUAGGUUGGUAGAAUUGCACACUACAAUUUUUGGUAAAUUCAAAAAUAUUGUUCUUAAUAUUGAGGAAUGUGGGCAUUUGUCCAUGACACUUUUAGAAGUAGAAAAAUUGCAGGGGUACCCUGCCCUCCAGUUGUUGUUUGUCAGACCCAACCAACAUAGCCAAUAGUCGGGGGUGAUGAAAAUUGUAGUCCAUCACCAUCUGGAAGGUACCACUUUGGCUACCCUUAAAUUAUAGGCUUUCAUAUUGCAGAACCAGAUUUGUCUUUCUACUGUGUUUGGAAGGUUUUAGCCCGCCCGCCCCUCCAUUGCUAUUUAUAUGCAAUAUAUACAUUUUUGUUGCUGCUAAUGGUAAUUGGCUAAUUUAUAAAGACUGGACCUGCCCCAGUUUGCUCACAUUUGCUUCCUCUCCUCCAGAUACGUUGUCUGCUAGACGCCAACAUGAUUCUGCCUAUGACAGCACAGAUUUUGAGGAAGAAUGCAAUUCCAGUGAACUCCAGGCCAACGAUCUACCACAAGCCAGGGGGACAGAACACAGGUGCAGCAGUACAGAGCUGUACUCUCGAGAGCCAGUAGCCCAGACUCCACCUGUCUCUUCUCCUGUGACCCGGUUUAAAAAAUCCAUAGGCAACCUGGAUAGGAGGUUCUCUGAGCCAGACAUGCUCUCUUCUAAGGGCUGCCAGGGAAGCUGUAUGAGAAGCCAGAAGUUAGCCAGAAGUGAGGAGAGUGUCAUUCGGCAGGAGGAACUGCGGUUGAAGUGCCAAGGCCUGAGAGAGGAAAUGGCAGGAGAACGUCAUCUUGCAUGCCUCUAUAGGAACAAGAAGCCAUCCAACCUGACAAUAAAAACUAGUCUGCUGUCGGAAUUGUCAAACAAUUCAUUGCCCAGAACAUCCUCUGGCAGUUCGCUAGACAGUGCUUCUCCAGUCUCUGAUUGUUCUGUCUUCACCAGCUCACCACUGACGUCGCCUUCCAUCGCCCAGAAAAACGCCUUAACUCGGCCGCAGUCUUUUUCUACCAAGGCUUCCAGCGGAAGUGACACCACCUCCAUCAGAGAGCUCAAGAGGCAUUCCAUGUCGUUUUCUGUGGCAACCCGCAAGAAGGUGCUAGCGAAAACCCAAAGCUGCGGUAUAGGUGGCUUUCAGAGGGACAGUUUCAAGAAGGACUCCAAGAAAGAGAGACAUCUUUCCUGCCGCAUAGUCCACGCAACUUGUGCUGAUGACCACAGCCCAGCACCUUCGCGGGGUCAACCGAGGUCUCGUUUCAUGUCAGCAGAUGAAGUGUUUCGGCUUGUGGACCAGAGGAAUCCUGGGAAUCCUCCGUCUUAUGAGGAGGCUACCAGAAACUGCUCAGCUGCUAGGCUUCCCUCAUACAGUAGCUUAACGGUUCGAAAUAUGAGAUCCACUGUGCUGUCUCCAGACUUUGAGCCUCAGCGUCCGAGACUCAAUAAAGAGGUUACAAACAAAGUAUACAAGGACUUUUUUAACGACAGGCUCUCUGUGACCAGUGAUCCUAAGGACAAGGCACCAGCCGUUGACUUUGUUAUUGGAAUACAUUCCCGAGCUAAUUUGCCCCUGACCCCUCAAGUCUAUCGCCUCAGGACCAUGUCUGGGUCUUAUCAAAAGAACAAACAAGAAUACCUGACACAGCCAUGCAGCCAGCCAGCCUUUGGCCACAUACAGUGCGCUAAGGAAUCCUAUGUUUAACUUAUGUGUCCCCUUUCAACACAAUAUCUGCUGUACACAUGGUACAAAAGCAAGUCUUUCAACUGCAUCUAAUAUAAGCUCACCUAUGUCUACCUUUCCUUGAAAAGGUAGCCUUCUCAGUGUCAUAUGGAAUACACACUGUUCUUCCUGAAAUGUGUAAAUGUGUAGCUCUUGUACAUAAUGGAUAUAUCUCUUGUUAUUGGUGUCUGUGGGUUUUAAAGCUAUACAAGAGGACUGGUGGUUUUAUUCAUCUUGUUCCUUAUACAUUGUGUGAUCAUUCCUUUACCCCUUAAAUAUAGCCAGGAGUCCAGACUGCUGUAGGAAAUGCUCUAGACCAUCUGAACAAUGAGCUGCUUUGUCUGGGUUUGCAUUACUCAAGUGUCCUAGUGUCUACCACUUCCCCUUUAUAUGCUAUUUCCAACUGAAAUAAACCUCCGUCUUAUGAAAUGGUCCACAGCCAAAAAUAAAAAUUAAAAAUGCAGGAUCUGCUUUCUGUUUCUUUAGGUUAUCACUAAAAAUCCAAGCAAAUACCCUCAUCUGCAAUAUCUUUUCUGCUAGUUCAAUGGAUCUGAAGAUUUGCCUUUCUGAAUAAAUGUUCAUCCAGGUCACUAUUCUGUCUCUUAAUGUAGCCUGUCAGAUGCUUGAGCACAAUGGAGAUUAGAUCAACAGAGAUAUGCUACCUUCAUUAUUGCUGUUAGCUAAGAACCCAUUACAGCCGGGUGCUGUGCAGAAAAUUAUUUAAAAACAAAAAGGCACCAACCCCAAAGUUUCCAAUUUUUAAUGCUGUCUCCUCCCAAUUUCAUUACCCCACCUCAAAUUCUAACAAGAUCCCGCUUUUCAAAACCUAGCAGAGAAUAAUUCAGGGUAGUGUUCAACUAGGUUUUACUCACAGUAGACCAAUUAUAGUUAAUGAACCUAACUUAGUCAUGUUCAUCAAUUUUAAUGGGUGUACUCUGAAUCAAACUUAGUUGAAUUUUACAUUCAGUCUCCUUUUUCAAGAAUCCUGAACUCCCAUAGGCAACUUGCAUACAGAUUCAACUGGUGAUUAGAACUCCAGCUAUUGGCACUGCUAUUGGUUACAGCUAUUGGCAAUAGCCCCAAUCCACUCCAUGCAUGCAUAGUACAACUAGAUGGUGACAUGCAUUGUCCCAAUCAAAGGAUGCAAGAUUAAGCCAACUUACUGAGAUCUGGAUGAUCCUUCUGAUGUUGAUGUACACCUGCAUCUUCUUUGAUUCUCAGUCUAAGCCAGUUUUGAAGGUACAGUGGAUUACAGGACUUCUUUCAGGGAGGUAAAGGCUAGCAGUGGCUGCCAGCUAUACUGGCUAUCCUCUGUUUCCAUGGUCAGAGGCAGUAGGCUUCUUGAAUACCAGUUGCUAGAAAUCACAGGAGGGGAGAGUGCUCUUGCGCCCUGCUUGUGGGCUUCCCAUAGGCAUCUAGUUAGUCACUAUGAUAACAGGAUGCUAGACUACAUGGGCUAUUGGCCUGAAACAACAGGCUCUUACUACGUACUUGUGACACCGUGGAAUUGUAUAAAAUGGAGAUUUUAGACCUGUUGAGAGUGCUCUUCUGAACUUGCAAGAUUACUUUUAAAAACACAUUGUUCUUGCUAUAUCAAUAGCAGCAGUCUUUUUUAUUCAUGGCUCACAGUACCCUAGUAGAGUGAACAUAGCAAUGUGAAAGCAAUUGUUUUUAAUUCAGAAGUAGAAUAAAGAAUCAAGCACUUUUCCUGCCUAG